AUGACUGCCAAGAGCUUCCUAAAAUUCAUGGAACAUUUCAAAAAGCACUCCCAUGCAUCGAAAGAUAAUCCCGUGUUAUUAAUUCUUGAUAACCACGAAAGCCAUGUGAGUAUCGAAGUGAUAAGUUAUGCAAAAUCCAACGGUAUCACAUUGCUUACACUUCCGCCCCAUUGCAGCAAUAAGUUGCAACCUUUGGAUAUCGCUGUAUAUUCGUCAUUUAAAUCGAGAUAUAAUACUGCGUUGAGCAACUGUAUGCUUUCAAAUCCUGGAAGGACAGUAACGAUAUACCAAAUUCCUGGAUUUAUCAAAACGAUUAUGUCGCAAGCAUUCAGCCAAGCCAACAUUUUAAGCGGAUUCAAAAAAUCGCGAAUACAUGCUUAUAAUGAUAAUCUAUUCAGUGAUGAAGAUUUCAUGUGUUCUGCUGUAACAGAUAGGGAUAUAUCCAAUGAAAAUUAUGAACUUCCCAGUAGUUCGUCUCAAUGUCGCCAAGCUCAGCUUGUCUUUUCAAGCGCUCAGCAAGAUCCACCAGAUUUUCCGCAGAGCUUCAACGACCUUGAUCAGGAAAUUCUGUCAACAUCUCAACUGAUCCCUAAUGAUGAAGUUCAGGACCCUCCAUCUAGUCCCGUGCUUGAUUUAAAUAAUGUUUCGCUUCUGGAUUCAGUGACUGUUUCUCUAACAAAUAACCAACUAAACCCUCCAGCUCAGAAAAGUCCGCAAACCUCUGACAAAGUCUUAAAAAAGCUUUUCACAUGCACAAUCAUCUGA